AUGGAGUGGCAGCAACUCAGACCCAAACGCAGCUCCAUUUCGGGCUUGUCCCAAUCCGGUGGCUCCUAUAACUCGUAUCCACUUUCUCCCACAGGUCCCCAGGCCCAGCUGAACCUGCGCUUUGCUUAUCCAAACUACCCGCCAGACGAGAAGACUGUUCAGGAUAACCUUUACUUUCAGAGCGGAACGGCUGCUAGUGAUCGAGCGUCGUACUAUUCGUCCCAGCAUCCCCUUUUCUGUGCUGAUUGGGUGUCUUCUGAUCCUACCAAUGACUGGGUGGUGCUUAGUUCGUUUAGAGAAGGCUACCAGAACCGAGUCCAGGUAGUACAUGGCCUGUUGUAUACGCAUAAGGAAGAGGAGGAGUCUGACGAGAAAGACUGUUCUUCUGGGAUCGUGUCACCUACCGUUUCAGAGGAAAGCUCUAGUUCUGAAGAGCUGAGAGCUAAAGAUCUGCCUUCGUGUCUGACUGGAGCAUUUGACUGGACGAAUGUCGCUGAGACGGCGGUGGAAUAUCCUCUUACAAACGUUCAAUGGGAUCCACAGAUGCAACAUUCCUCUGGUGGUGUGCUCAGGUUGGGAGCGUCGUCUGAAGUGUUGAGAUUGUAUAAGGUUGAUCAAGAUCCAGAGAAGCUUAAAGUCGACGGCAGGUUUCCUUUAGUUCAGACGCAUUUGUUGGCAAAUAACUCAACUGCCAAUACGUCUUCCAAUGGUGACGCUCACGAUAUCAAUACGUUCCCGCCAGUUACGUCUUUUGACUGGAACAAGACAGAUUCAAGCAUCAUCAUUACUUCUUCCGUUGAUACAACAUGCACAGUGUGGGACCUCAAUAGAUCACACUCCUUGGGCAAAGACAGAGACACAGCACAUGUUAAAACGCAGCUUAUUGCCCAUGAUCUGGAGGUAUUUGAUGUGAAAUUCCUCCACCAGUCAACCAACGUGUUUGCUAGUGUGAGUAACGAUGGAUCAAUGCGUGUUUUUGAUCUUCGUUCUCUUGAACAUUCUACUAUCAUAUACGAACCUACGCGGGCCCCACCCUUGGCAUCCUCCGUGCCCACCACAGCUCAAGCACACUACAACCCACAAGCUUUACUCAAGCUUCUGACUUCAAACAUUGACCAACACAACUUGGCAACAGUCGGGGUGAAUCUGAACCAGGUGCUCGUAAUUGAUAUGAGAAUGCCUGGCCUACCUGUAGUGAAGCUUGAUUGUUCGUUUGGCGGCAUGAGCCAAGCAGCAGUCAACACCAUUCAAUGGCACCCUGCAACGAACUGGCUAGCAACGGCUGGAGACGAUUGUCAAGCGCUUGUAUGGGACCUCCGCAAUGGAAAUUCCACCAAGGCCAGCGAUGUUGGUACUGUCAUGGAUACACCAAUGCUCGCAUAUAAUGAAGAAUUGGAGGUGAAUAAUGUAUGUUGGAGACAGAACAGCGGCGACUGGCUUGGUGUUAUAAGUGGUAAAGGGUUCCAAGCGUUGCAGGUAUAG